AGUAGGCUGGAAGGCUCUCUCCCUCGCUCACUCCUCAGCGCAGGAGUGAUCCGAAGCCGAACAAACUCUGGCUGCUGCAGCUGCUGUUGGUUUUGUGUGGACUGGACGCAGCACUUGGGAGACGGAGAUGGUUAUUUCUCCAAUUUACAGUCAAUGGAAUUACAGCUCUAAGCAGCAGUGUAUAUAGGAUUGCUUUUUCUCGUCUUCUUGGAGAUGCUCAGUCCUCCUCUAUUUUAAAGAAGAGAAAUACAAAGGAAAUUUAGUGUGCUUCCUUUUCCUUCCAUGAAGAACAUUCAAAUUAUUUCCUUUACCUCUUCAAAGAGAAUACCUGUACUUCUAUAACGUGACUGGACCAGAAAUUCUGAGAAAUCAGCAAGAAGCAAAAGCUGGAAAUCACUCUUUCACAGCAGGUAAUCAUACUUCAGGAUGUAGGAUGUAACUACUGUACAAAGUUUAUACUUGGAUAAUCCUGGAUGGGAAUAAAGGUAGGGGGUAAGUGCCUGAAAAACCUAUUACUAUACAGGCCUUAGCAUCAUGAAUGGCUUUCUUCAUGAGGAUCUGAAGUUACUAUCUCUGACCACAUUGCAUGGAAGAGCCAAUCAGAAUUUCAAAGAGGGCAAUUUCCACUAAGGGAAUUAAGCUACACAAAAGAAACCUUCACACAGAAACUCUAUCAGAAAGGAGGAGAAAAAAAAAAUAAAGAAAGAAAGAAACAUAGGAAGCCAUGCGUCCUGCAUAGUAACAGGAAGCUGAAUUGUUUCUGGCCCCUACUUUCAUGUGCUUGCCCACCAAGCUGAACCACAGCUGGAAUGUUCAUUGACAACAGCGAGCCUGAUCUAGAGGUGUGUGCAGCAUAGGAGUACUUGAAUAAACAGUGAAGAAUAUUUCCAAGGACUAAACAAGAGUUUGUAAGUCCCAGCCCCUCACCAGGAAAAUAAUAUACGUGCAUUGGACUCUCACCCCACGCAAAAUUUACUCACAUCAUUCUAUAAGGUGAAAAGAAGCUACCUUGUGUGAGGACCUCAACACUGCUGACCAUGACCAGCCCAGCCUGGAGCCUCUUCCUCAUCGGGACUAGAAUUGGGCUAUUUUUACAAGUUGUACCUCUCUCCGUUAUGGCUAAAUCCUGCCCAUCCGUGUGUCGCUGUGAUGCGGGUUUCAUUUACUGUAAUGAUCGCUUUCUGACAUCCAUUCCAGCAGGAAUACCUGAGGAUGCUACAACUCUCUACCUUCAGAACAACCAAAUAAAUAAUGCUGGGAUUCCUUCAGAUUUAAAAAACUUGCUGAAAGUAGAAAGAAUAUACCUGUACCACAACAGUCUCGAUGAAUUUCCUACCAAUCUUCCAAAGUAUGUAAAAGAGUUGCACUUGCAAGAAAAUAACAUAAGAACUAUCACUUAUGAUUCGCUUUCCAAAAUUCCUUAUCUGGAAGAAUUACACUUAGAUGAUAACUCUGUCUCUGCCGUUAGCAUCGAAGAGGGAGCAUUUCGCGACAGCAACUAUCUCCGACUUCUUUUCCUGUCCCGGAACCACCUGAGCACAAUCCCCUGGGGGCUGCCCAGGACUAUCGAGGAGCUGCGCUUGGAUGAUAAUCGCAUAUCUACUAUUUCAUCGCCGUCUCUUCAAGGUCUGACUAGCCUGAAACGCCUGGUUUUGGAUGGAAAUUUGUUGAACAAUCAUGGGUUAGGGGACAAAGUUUUCUUCAACCUAGUGAACUUAACUGAGCUGUCCUUGGUACGGAAUUCCUUGACGGCUGCACCAGUAAACCUUCCAGGCACAAACCUAAGGAAGCUUUACCUUCAAGAUAACCAUAUCAACCGGGUGCCCCCGAAUGCCUUUUCUUAUUUAAGGCAGCUGUACCGACUCGAUAUGUCCAAUAAUAACCUAAGUAAUUUACCUCAGGGCAUCUUUGACGAUCUGGACAACAUAACCCAACUGAUUCUUCGCAACAAUCCCUGGUACUGCGGGUGUAAGAUGAAGUGGGUGCGGGACUGGCUACAGUCCCUGCCUGUGAAAGUUAACGUGCGUGGGCUCAUGUGCCAAGCCCCAGAGAAAGUUCGGGGAAUGGCUAUCAAGGACCUCAAUGCAGAACUGUUUGAUUGUAAAGAUAGUGGGCUUGUAAGCACCAUUCAGAUAACCACUGCGGCACCCAACACCGUGUAUCCUGCUCAAGGACAGUGGUCAGCUCCUGUGACCAAACAACCAGAGAUUAAGAACCCCAAGGCCGCUAAGGAUCAGCGAACUACGGGGAGUCCCUCGAGAAAAACAAUUACAAUUACUGUGAAGUCCGUCACCUCUGACACAAUUCAUAUCUCCUGGAAACUGGCUCUACCUAUGACUGCUUUAAGACUCAGCUGGCUUAAGCUGGGCCAUAGCCCAGCCUUUGGAUCUAUAACAGAAACCAUCGUGACUGGGGAACGCAGUGAAUACUUGGUCACAGCCCUGGAGCCUGAUUCGCCCUACAGAGUAUGCAUGGUUCCCAUGGAAACCAGUAACCUUUACCUAUUUGAUGAAACUCCUGUUUGUAUUGAGACCGAAACUGCGCCUCUUCGAAUGUACAACCCUACAACCACCCUCAACCGAGAGCAAGAGAAAGAACCUUACAAAAAUCCAAAUUUACCUUUGGCUGCCAUCAUCGGCGGGGCUGUGGCCCUGGUGACCAUUGCCCUUCUGGCUUUAGUGUGUUGGUAUGUUCAUAGGAAUGGGUCUCUCUUUUCAAGGAACUGUGCAUACAGCAAAGGGAGGAGAAGAAAGGAUGACUAUGCAGAGGCUGGCACUAAGAAGGACAAUUCUAUCCUGGAAAUCAGGGAAACGUCUUUUCAGAUGUUACCAAUAAGCAAUGAACCCAUCUCCAAGGAGGAGUAUGUAAUACAUACCAUAUAUCCUCCUAAUGGAAUGAGUCUGUACAAAAACAAUCACAGUGAAAGCAGUAGUAACCGAAGCUACAGAGACAGUGGCAUUCCAGACUCAGACCACUCACACUCAUGAUGCUGAAAGACCCUCAGCAGACUAUGUUUCAGGUUUUUUAAACCUAAGGGAGGUGAUGGUAGGAAUCCUGUUCUACUGCAAAACACUGGAAAAAGAGACUGGAAAAAAAAAAAGCAAUGUACUGUACAUUUGCCAUAUAAUUUAUAUUUAAGAACUUUUUAUUAAAAGUUUCAAAUUUCAGGUUACUGCUGCGAUUGAUGUAGUGGAGAUGCCUGAACACAAUUCUAUAUUUUAGUAUUUUUUAGUAAUUUGUACUGUAUUUUCCUUGCAAAUAUUGAAGUUAUAAACCAUUUACUUUGUGUUCUACUGAGUAAGAUGACUUGUUGACUGUGAAAGUGAAUUUUCUUGCUGUGUUGAACAAUCAGGACUGCGUUCACAUGAGAUCCUUGUAGUAUAAGCACAGGCCAUUUUUCACUUUGGUAUUAAUAAAAUGUAAAAAAACAAACUGGCUGAAUGAGAAAAAGAUAAAUUUCAAAACUAGCUAUGAAAUAAUGUUCUAAUUAUUAAAUUUGUAUUAUCCCAGUGGUAUUCAAUAAAUCAAAAUAUGUGAAGUAAUGGGCAAUAUCUAACUUGCUGCAUAUUUCCAUUUUUUGCUCUAGGCAAAUUAAAUAUCCUUAAGAAAGUUAAGCAAAUCUUCUGAACUGAACGCAUCAGCUGGCAUAAAGGACUGUGAAGUCUUGUUAAAAUCAUUAUCAAUAAAGCUUUAAGAAUAAAUGACUUCACAAAAACAACAAUAUAAAUAUGCUUCUGAGUUAGGGGAGGAAUAUGUACUUAGGAAAAAAAACAUGAAAACUUAGACUUGUACAUGUAAUAAACAAAAGUACUAGAAAUGCAUUUUGGUUUCAUCUAUACCAUCUUGAUUUUUACAAAGUGAAUUGUAAACACAAAACUGUUAGUAUUUAUGAUGUUUUUAUUAUAAGAUAUCACAGAGCAAGCUUAUGCAUUAUUAAAAAGGUAGCAUAACCAUAAGCAAUUCCACUCGACAAUCCAGAAAAAGUAGUGCUCUGAAGUGAGAACUCAAAAGAAAAAUAAAUACUAGAAAUCAAAUUUAGAUCAGUUUUAUGUGAGACAUUUUUAACACUGUACAUAAAAUGUCCAAGUUACUUUCACAAUGAUCAAGAAUACUGCCCAUUACUGUCACAGUUUUCCAAAUAUUACAUAAUGAACUUGUAACAUUUCCUUAUCGCUUCCUACUGAAUUGUAAGCUACAAUUGUUUAAAAACCAUAUCACUUUUUGUUGUCAUUUUUUUUCCAACAAAAAACCAAAGUGCA